ACAAUGUCGGUAACAAACGAAGAGGUCGAUGAUACCGAGUUCUUCCAGCAAGACUUCACGACCGCCUCCGACUGGGAGCUGUUCAAUGCACGGCUGGAGGAAAUAUUUCACGAAUGGAAGCUCUCGUUCGGACAAAGCACCUUCCGGAAGCUAGGACACCACGAGCUAGCGAGCUGCCGUUGGAAUGUGGCACGCGAAACGAUCAAGUUCGCGGAUGUUGAGCUGCAGGUUGUGCAUUACCGUGCGGUGCUGGAACCGGAAGCGGAAGGUGCGGAACCAUCGGAACCCGUGUCCGGAUGUCAAACGUUCGCGGAUUUAAUGUCGAUUGAGAAUGAUUACUGUGUGGCGUACGGUGGUCAGCGAUCAGCAGACGGAGCUGGUGACGAGGAACAGAAAUUGCAUCCGCUCGCUCAGUGGUACGGAUUGCGCGAGUUUGUGAUCGUUAGGCCGGUGAGGAAAUCGAUCUCGAACGAAAGCCAGAUCCGUAUCCUGAUGAGCUCGGUGCAUAUUGCGGUUGCGGAAAGUAGUUGCGAUGUGCCGGUGUUUGUGCAGGCCAUGGAUAAGGUGCAGCACGUGUAUCUGGGCGUAUGUGAGUCGGGGCCGGUGCGGAUGUCGUUCGACAUAGUGCAUCUGCACCUAACGCCACCAACCUGCAAGUAUCUGUCCGGGCUGUUGGAAGUGUUUAAAGGCAAGAUUGGUGUCGCUUACGUGGAUCCUGUCGCGGUUUCAGUUCGCUUCACGUACCAACUUACGCGCUUUCUUUCCGGAGCCUUCAUCAGUGACAAAAGUGUUCCCUUCGCAGAGAAUUGGCCCAGCAGUGGCGUCGUUUCGCUUCCGUUCGGUGUAACAAUCGAUCCGGUUGCUGAGCUAACCGUACACUGCACCUGGCCACAGGUAGCAGACAAUGUGGUCGUCGACUCACAAACCUAUUCUGACUUUGACCCACUAACAGCACCUUUCUGGAGUCUUCGAGCACAGUUCGAAGACACGCCCGUCUGCUAUCUGGCGGACUGUCUUCAGGAGUAUCUGCAAAUCUCCGACUCACGGCGUGCUCUAACGGAAUACUUUAGCGAACUCGCAUUCGCCUCAAACAUGCCCCCGAUCGAGGGUGCCAAUCCGCUCGAUCUGCUUACCGAAUCUAAAAUCCCGCGCCUAUCUGCCGUUUUCCCGGGACGGAUCGGUGCGGCGCCAAAGACAGCGCCGACCAAACUUGAGGGUCCGAUAAACGAUGAACAGCUAAAGGAUAUGCUUUAUUAUCUGUUUCCGGACGCACAGAAAGAACCCCGCUGGCCUUACUCAGCAUCCGUAACCGGUCCGGCCGAGUUCGAUCCGAUGCGCAUUAAAUCGGCCAAUCCGGACUCGCUGGUGCAUCGGUUGGCGACACUGCUGGCGCUCUGCAAUGCGUGCUUCGGUGGGAAACGCGCGGUCGCCCAACUGUGGGCCGAAUUUGCACAGGAAAUGCGGUACCGUGUGGAACGCUGCAUACAAAUACCGGGCGUGGCCAGCGGUUUUCCGGACUCGAGAACCUGCUUGCUUCACCAGAAGCUUCAGAUGCUGAACGUGUGCAUGGAACGGCGCACGCUGCGUGACGGUGGACUGCCGUUUGCGAUGCGCCCCGGGACAACCGGU